AUGCCUUUGUCAAUAAAGAGUAUGUUUUCUUUGAAGAAGGAUAUGGCUCCCAAGUCAGAGGAAGAGGAACCUAUUGUUAAGUCAUACACGAUGAAUGACUACAAGAAGGAGAAUGAGGACCUGAAGUGUGAGAUCAAAAUCCUCCAGGAGCAGCUGACCCGACGUUUCCAAAACGCGAGGGACGUCGAGCAUGAUGUCUUGGAGCAUCGGGUUCUUCUCAACAAAACGCUUCGAGUACUCCAGUCUUUGGACCAGCAGCUCGGGGCAAUCUAUGACCGAAAGGGAAUAGAGAAGGCAAUCGUAAAGGCAGCCAAUGAACCGAAAUUGAUCUAUUAUAAAGCUGAAGCUUUCAAGAAGGUCAAGAAUGCCGAGUAUGAGAUUAUAGGAACCCAAGAGAUUGUCAAAAUCUGUAUCGACAGGCUUAAGGGCCACCGCAAGAAGUUCGUCAAGUAUUGA